CGCAGCUGCGCACCUCCUCCCAGGCGCCGUUGUUUCAUUUGCGCCAUUUUGUCCGCUCACUUUGUUGAUUGGGCUUUAGCGAGCUGUACUAGAGCCAAUCAGAGGGGAACCGGACAGCGAAGAUACGGACCCUGACAAGAACAAGCUAUGGAGCAGUACACCACUGCCACCACUACUACUGGGGAGCAGAUCGUUGUGCAGACCACUAAUGGGCAGAUCCAGCAGCAGACACAGGGCACAGUGACGGCUGUGCAGCUGCAAACAGAGGCGCCAGUGGUGACGGCCUCAGGCCAGCAGGUGCAGACACUCCAGGUAGUCCAGGGACAGCCUCUGAUGGUCCAGGUGAGUGGCGGGCAGCUCAUCACAUCAUCAGGGCAACCCAUAAUGGUUCAGGCCAUGUCGGGAGGUCAGGGUCAAACCAUAAUGCAGGUCCCUGUAUCUGGAGCCCAGGGGCUACAGCAGAUCCAGCUGGUGCAGCCAGGUCAGAUCCAGCUGCAGGGCGGUCAGACUCUCCAGCUCCAAGGCCAGCAGGGUCAGCCCCAGCAGAUCAUCAUCCAGCAGCCCCAGGCAGCCAUCACCGCUGGACAGAACCAGGGCCAGCAGAUCAGCGUGCAGGGCCAACAGGUGGCACAGACAGCUGACGGACAGACCAUUGUCUACCAGCCUGUCAAUGCAGAUGGUACCGUCCUGCAGCAGGGAAUGAUCACAAUUCCAGCUGCCAGCUUGGCAGGCGCCCAGAUUGUACAGGCCGGUGGUGCCAACACCAACACUACGAACAGCGGCCAAGGCACUGUGACCGUCACCCUGCCCGUCUCUGGUAACAUGGUCAAUGCAGGUGGAAUGGUCAUGGUAAGACCCUGUGCAGAGAUGGUCCCUGGGGGUGGUGCAGUUCCCACGAUGCAGCGUAUCCCCCUGCCAGGGGCUGAGAUGCUCGAGGAAGAACCUCUGUAUGUCAAUGCCAAACAGUAUCACCGCAUCCUUAAGCGAAGACAGGCCCGAGCCAAGCUGGAGGCUGAGGGCAAGAUCCCCAAAGAAAGGAGGAAAUACCUGCACGAGUCUCGCCACCGUCACGCUAUGCAGCGUAAGCGAGGAGAUGGAGGACGCUUCUUUUCACCUAAAGACAAGGAGGAAAUGGCUUUGGCCCUGGCACAGCAACAGCAGGAUGCAGCCCAGGCAGCAGAUGAGACGGUGGCUCAGAUGAUUAGAGUCUCGUAGCACUAUCGCCGACAUCAUCACUUUUACCUGAGACUCUUCAUCACAUCUAACCCAUCGUCCACAUCUUCUCCUCUCGCACCCUCCUGCCCCACCAUCAUCAUAUACCAGACCACAGCACUGCCGCUGGGUUUCUUCUGUUAUCUUCUGGUCUUCCAGGGAACUGACCAUGUGGCUGCUGAGCCUGUGGACCGCUCUGGUCUACUUCUCUUAAAAUGGAGGAUGCUUCCACGUUCAGCUCAACUGGUCAAGCACUUAGGACCAGCUUUUUAUUUUCAUAAUAAUUUGGACAAUAAUGAAACAUGAAGUUAUGGGUAACCAGGGCUAGUCGCACAGAGGAAAUGACAGCUGCGAAGCCAUACUGUGCCAGAGCCUGGUCUGUUAAAAAGAUGACAAUUUGUCACUAGUGGAUACUUUUUGCUUAAAUAUUUUUUGUAAAUGGUACAGAAUUUUUCUUCAGAGACAUGCAUUAAGCGUUGAUGCUACACUUGUGUCCUUUAUCUUUUAUGUGAUGCCGUGUAUUUUGACGUUUCAUUUUUUCAGCCCAUGUACUUUGGAGAAUGGACUCAGCAUCAUACGUCCAACCUGUGUCCACUGAGCAAAAACUGAGAUGUGAUACAAAUGUGAAGAUAUUGUACAGAAAUUCUUUUCCUCCCCAGUGUGUAUCGGAUGUGCUUGCUAAUUUUCCCAAUUCUCUGGAUGAAUUUUAUACAGUUUUGUGGUUAGACAUAGUGUUUGUAGAAAAAAAAUGACCUUGUGUUGCAUCAUAUUUCAUAUUCAAUCCAUGUAGUUACUUUCUCAUUGGUGAGUCCACCUAAGUGUUUUGUUUUUUUCAUUGUUGAUAACAGAUUUUUUUUACCCAUCAGAUGCAGUUCUGCAAUGUUAUUUUUUUUAUAAUGGAAAAAAGGUUGGACAUUGAGUUCACGACAUCUAUGUCAAUUAAAUUUUAAGUGACUAAA